AUGUCACCUUGUCAUCCCGACGUCGUCCAGGCCAGCGUGCUCGCCGUCUGCGACGACGAGCACGCAUAUCUCGGCGAUGAGCGCACGUAUAUCCCUCAGAUCUUAUCUCCUGAGUGCCGGGCUUUUUUGUACAUACUCUAUAUACCCUCUGCUAUGCAUCUAUGUUGGACCACCCUGAUAAGUGUCGCGUUCACCGUCGGGCACGGCAUUGAGCUCGCUGGGGGGGACCCGAUGACAUCUGAAGCUGAGUCAUGCAGCGGCCACGUCAUCGAUCGGCAGCUGUACACGUUGACGUGUGCACGUAUCACGCGUAGAUCGGAUGUAAUGGCCCCGGCAUUGUUCCGCCGAGUACCUGUGCCUGACGUCGACAGCAACCUCGAGCUCAUCGCGGGCGACGACGACGAGGGGCUCACCUUAACGGCCAAACCUUGGCCCCCGACAUCGGGCCUUUUUUAG